AUGUCGAACAUCUACGUGACGGAGCCGCCACCCUCGGGUCGGGUGAUCCUCGAGACGUCCAAGGGUGACAUUGAGAUCGAGCUCUUCGCAAAGGAAUGUCCAAAGGCGUGCCGAAACCUCAUCACGCUUGCGCUAGAAGGCUACUAUGAUGAUCUCAUCUUCCACCGCCUCGUCCCCGACUUUAUCAUCCAGACGGGCGAUCCGACAGGCUCGGGCUUGGGAGGCGAAAGCGUAUAUGGUCAGCCAUUCCACGAUGAGCUCCAUCAGCGGCUUCGCUUCAACAGGCGCGGGCUGCUCGGAAUGGCAAACGCAUCGAGCCCUCAUUCAAACGACUCGCAAUUCUUUCUGACCCUCGCACCCACGCCCGAGCUGCAGGGGAAACACACCAUGUUUGGCCGUGUUGUCGGUCAAACCAUCUACAACCUCGUCAACCUCUCGCAGGAUGUGGAGAUGAGCAAGGACGUCGAGGAUCGCCCGCUAUACCCACCUAAGCUCAAGACGAUCCGCGUCGUCGACAACCCAUUUGACGACGUUGUUCCACGCGUGACGCGGGAGGAGAAGAAAGCUCAGGAGCGAGCAAAGAAAGAGGCAGAGGCACGGAGACUCGAACGAGAUAGAGAAGGGACUAGAAGUAAGAAGAAGAAUACGGCCCUGCUCAGCUUCGUUGGCGAGGAGGAAGAGGAUGAGGAGGCAGCUUUGUCGUUCAAGGGGAAACCAAAAAGCAGCCACGAUCUGCUCAAAGACGACCGCAAGCUGUCCAAGAUGCACGCCGAGCCUAGUGCCCGGGGUGCAAGCAGCUCGGCCUCUCCAAUUGUUGCAGAGCCUCCGCAAUCUGGCUCGAAUGGAGCAAGUUCGUCGAAUGGAGCGGACAAGAAGGAGAAGAAGCGCAGAAAGGCCCAGGGAGACGGCGAAGGAGAGGAUCUCUCUUCGCUUCGAGCUAAACUUCAAGCUGCGGACGAGGGAGGCUCGGCUGCAUCGAAAAUCGCCGAUCUGGAAGCAUCAAUUCGAGGCUUGAGCAAACGGCCGUCUACCUCCGCAGGGGAAGAAGCCAAGAAAGAAAAGGAGGUUAAGAGGGGAAAGGCGCUCCUCGAAGAUUUGCGAGCUCAGUACAGCAAGUCGAAGCCUCAGGGAAAAGUCAAAUCGAAAGCCAAGGACAAGGAUGAGGAGACGUCGGACCUCCUCAGAAAGUUUCAGACGCGGGUGAGAGAGGAUGCUCACCGGGAGGAGAAGCGCAAGAGGAAGCGGCGAGAGGAGGAGGAACGAGAGGAAAUCCCGGAUGACCUGCGAGAGUAUGGCGCAAGCGACGAAGAUGACGAUGAAAAGGGCUGGAGAGACCAUACUUUUGACUUUGGAGGAAAGAGCCUCUUGGAGGACAAGCAUGACAGCGCGGAAUACGUCACGCUCGAUCCGAGGGAUUCAACCUCGUCGAAAGCCCUCGAGCUUGGAUUCGGCAGCAAGGAUGCCAGCGAGCGAGCGAGAGCGGAGAAGGCGAAGCAGCAUGGCCGUCGGGGCAGAGAUUGGGUCGACGAGAGGGAAUGGGACAAGAAGCGAGGGGACAGAAAUAGAGACAGAAGGGACGAGAAAGACACCCGCAGAGGAGCCCAGUAUUCAAGAGAUGGCAGGAGUCCAGAACCGAGUCGGGCGUCUCGGAUGGAGAGAUGGUGA